AAUUCAGUCUCUCAUUCCCCAUUUCCAUUCACAUAUAUCAUUUUAUGUCUCACAGAUCAUUAAUCCCUCAUUUUUCCUCCAUUGCUUUUCACCAUCUCCUAAUUUCUUCCGAUUUAUCUCCCAAUUGGUCUUCUUAAUUAAUCUCACCCCAUUCAUUCUUUUAUUUAUUCACUAUCAAUUAAUUAUUAUUUUUUUUAUAUAAAUAAUGGGUGCUAAGGGAUUUGUUGAAGGAGGUAUUGCUUCAAUUGUGGCUGGAUGUUCUACUCAUCCAUUGGAUCUAAUCAAAGUCAGAAUGCAAUUACAAGGGGAAUCUGCCCCUAUUGUUAACCAUAACUUACGCCCCGUUUUUGCGUACAAUAGCGGGGCGAGUGUCGUGACACCUUCCGUGCCUGUUGUCAAAACAGGCCCGGUUUCCGUCGGUUUGAAAAUAUUUCAAACUGAAGGAGUGGGGGCCUUGUUUUCCGGGAUCUCGGCCACUGUUCUUAGGCAGACUUUGUACUCCACCACUAGAAUGGGGUUGUACGAAAUCUUCCGAGAAAAGUGGACCGAUAAGACUAGUGGUAAUUUUUGUCUGACUAGAAAAAUUACCGCCGGCCUGUUGGCUGGCGGUAUUGGUGCUGCUGUCGGGAACCCAGCCGACGUUGCAAUGGUUAGAAUGCAAGCUGACGGGAGGCUCCCGGCAGCAGAACGUAGGAAUUAUAAGAGUGUAGUGGAUGCUAUUACCAAAAUGGUAAAACAAGAAGGGGUUACUAGUUUAUGGCGCGGUUCAUCUUUAACUGUGAACCGCGCCAUGAUAGUUACGGCGUCGCAAUUGGCGUCUUACGAUCAGUUCAAGGAAUGCAUAAUUAAUAAUGGUGUAAUGAGUGAUGGGCUAGGGACACAUGUGUCAGCGAGUUUUGCUGCGGGGUUUGUGGCGUCAGUUGCGUCAAACCCGGUUGAUGUGAUCAAGACUCGAGUUAUGAACAUGAAAGUCGUGGCAGGGCAAGAGCCACCGUAUAAAGGGGCCGUUGAUUGCGCCCUGAAAACGAUUAAGGCGGAAGGCCCCAUGGCUCUUUACAAAGGGUUUAUACCAACCAUUUCAAGACAAGGGCCUUUCACAGUGGUCCUUUUUGUCACACUUGAACAAGUUCGCAAGUUAUUGAAAGAUUUUUGAACUAUUGGAAAUGUAUAAUUUUCAUUGACUAAGUUAAUUAAAUGUUUUAUGAUUAAUGAUGAUGAUGAAGAAGAAAAAGAAUGUUAGGAUUCUUAAUUAAGUGAUUACAGAUGAUAUGUUGGUUGAAAUGUCGAAUUACUUAAAGUUUACAAUAUGAUAAUUAUGAUUUGUUGGUCUUAAGUGGGAUUGUAUUUGAUUAAAGUUUGGUAAUUUAA